GUGAGAGGGAGGAAGAAUUGGACAGGUUUUUAAAUUCCGUACGUGAAAUUUCUUUGAAAGCCCUCAAUUUAACUGGCCAUCGUAAAGUGGGUGCACAGCAGAGGCUGACGGGUUAUUUCCUAAACCGAACUUCUUUGUGUCUUUCAGGAAAGUACUAAAUUUAAGAAUGUUUGGACUACUCAUUCCAAGUCACCUAUAGCCUAUGAGAGGGGAAGAAUAUAUUUUGAUAAUUAUCGGUGCUGUGUCAGCAGUACUGACUCCCGCAGCUUGCUCCUGAGUUUUGCUCCUGUGUUGCAUCAGAGCCAAGAAAACUUUAUGAAAUGCCCAAAUGUUCUAAAUCAGAAAAAAUAGAGGAUGCUUUAUUAUGGGAAUGCCCAGUGGGGGAAAUGCUGCCCAAUCCAUCAGAUUAUAAAUCCUCACUCAUAGCACUGACUGCUCAUAACUGGCUACUUCGUAUAUCAGCAACUACGGGGAAAGUCCUUGAGAAAAUAUAUCUUGCUUCAUAUUGCAAAUUCAGAUACUUGAGCUGGGAUACGCCUCAAGAAGUCAUCACAGUCAAGUCAGCUCAGAAUAAAGUCUCAGCAUUGGCCCGGCAGGCAGGCAUUCAGCAGUCUGUCUUGCUGUACCUUGCAGUGUUCCAUGUCCUACCUUUUUCACUCAUAGGGAUUCUAGAGAUCAACAAAAAGAUCUUCGGGAACGUUACAGAUGCUACCUUAUCUCAUGGAAUACUGAUUGUGAUGUACAGCUCAGGACUGGUCAGACUCUAUAGCUUCCAAGCCAUCACUGAACAGUUCAUGCAACAGAAACUUGACUUAGGGUGUGCAUGCAGAUGGGGUGGGACUACUGGAACUGUAGGAGAGGCUCCUUUUGGCAUUCCUUGUAAUAUUAAAAUCACAGAUGCGCCACCACCGCUCUUUGAGGUAGCCUCCCUGGAGAAUGCCUUUCAGAUUGGAGGCCACCCUUGGCACUACAUCAUCACACCUAAUAAGAAGAAACAGAAAGGAGUUUUCCAUAUUUGUGCCCUUAAAGACAAUUCCUUGGCUAAAAAUGGGAUCCAAGAAAUGGAGUGCUGUUCUCUAGAAUCUGACUGGAUCUACUUUCAUCCUGACGCUUCUGGGAGAAUAAUACAUGUUGGCCCAAAGCAGAUCAAAGUUUUAAAGCUGAAUGAAGUAGAAAAUAAUAGUGCCCAGCAUCAGAUCUCUGAAGAUUUUGUCAUUUUGGCCAAGAGGGAGAAUGGAAAUGAAAAUGUACCCACUGUUACUGCUUCUGGACGGGUGGUAAAAAAAAAAUUUAACCUUCUGGAUGACGACCCAGAACAAGAGACUUUCAAAAUCGUGGACUAUGAAGAUGAAUUGGAUUUGCUUUCUGUGGUAGCUGUUACUCAAAUAGAUGCCGAAGGAAAAGCUCACCUCGAUUUCCACUGUAAUGAAUAUGGAACUUUACUUAAAAGCAUUCCACUAGAGGAGUCAUGGGAUGUGACAUACAGCCAUGAAGUCUACUUUGACAGAGACUUGGUCCUGCACAUAGAACAGAAACCCAGCAGGGUCUUCAGCUGCUAUGUUUACCAGAUGGUAUGUGACCCUGGGGAAGAAGCAGCCUCAGACAGAAGCUGAAACAAAGUGUGAGAGAAUUUUAAAUUUUGAGGCGUAACUCAUAAGACUUUUAGCCAGACACCUCAGCAACUGUGUCCAGUCCUCCUCUUUAUUAUCUGCAUAGCAAGUUCUCCAGUAUUUUCCAGAACAGAUCUUGUGUAGACUCCAGAUGACUGUGACUUCUUUUUUUAAACUCUUGCCAUACAAGGUGGUGAGAGCUUCAUUUUACGUAAGGGAUUUUUAGAAUGCUCUCCCAAGAAGCCUAGCAUGUUAGAGGUUUUAGAUAGGUGGUGAUGUAAACAGAAAAUGUUGAGAACAGCUUAGUUAAUUAUUGGGGAGAAGGUCAUUGAUGGGGAGGUGCUUAACAUGGCUCUUAAAGGAUAGUAUGGAAUUUUGAUUGGUAAGAUUAGGAGGGAAAGAGAAAAAGAAAGAUACAGAAGAUAAAGAAAGAAAUCCUGUGUCCUCUAAACCAAACUUUGCUUAAGGGUGAGAAAUGAGAUCUGUAAUGCGAAAGCAUACAUUUGAGCCAAAAAUGUGUCAUCACAAUUUUUAAAAAAAUCUUAUAUAUGUAUCUGUAUUUUGUAUUUGUACAAAUUAUUUUGUCUUUCAUGGUUUUGUUCUCUUGUCUUGAUAUUCUCAUUGAUUAUUUGGGUUUCUAUUGUAGACUAAUGUAAAAGAUUCCAAACAAACUUUAAGUGAAAUUUUUUCUAAUAUGUUGCCUGUUUAGCUCUUGAUUAUAAAGAAUGUACUCAUUUCACCAUUCAGUUUCUUUGGUGCGUCCUACAGUUUUGCUUACGCGAUGUUUUCAUACCUGUACAGUAAGGUGAAGGUAUUCUGGGCUGCACCAGUUCUGCUCCCUGGAGAAGAGUAGGUAGUUCCAGGACUAGCGUGGGAACUAACUUACUUAGCUAGAAAAAACUUUGGGCUUUAUCUUAGUUGUGAAAUGAGUGUUUUUUCUUCUUUGUUAGAAUUGCUCUAAAUAUGAUCCUUGAACUCAGAUAAUUACUCUUCAGAAUGUUAAAUAAAAGCAACCUAAGUAAAAGGAGA